AUGGCGGAGCAGAUCCGCAGACUCCUCCGGUUUAGCUUGAGGAAGGAGUCCAAGGCACAAGCAAAGCCUGGCUCCCAGGGAGAGUGUCUAUUUUGCGCCGGACAUCUUCGUUGCAGCGAAUCUCUCACUUUGCCUUGCGGCCACAAGCUCCACGUGGGCUGCUUUCGCUCAUGGCUCGACCACAUGUGCUGCCCCGAAUGCGGGAAAGCGGCCGCCAGCGAAGCUUCAGCACGACACCGGAGGAUCCAUCAACGGCGAUCUUCUUCCAGAACUUCUUCAUCCGGCUCACCACUCACACUAUCCACGAUCACAGAGUGCAGUGAAGAGGAUGAGAUCAAAGGUCGAAAAGAGCAGCGUCGUGAUCGGAUUCGUCACAACGAUGGCCUGCGUAUAUUGAAGAUCUGA